CUCUCAGCCGCCAGACGGCGCUGAGCCCAGAGCCCUAGACUCUAUGGUCGCUCGCAAGAACUCCCAUGAGGAAGCGCGACCAGGAACCUCCUAUAUACUUCCGCUUCCGGCCUUACGUCUUCCUUUCCGUGCCGAUAGCGCUCUCGCAAACAUGGUGAACGUCCCUAAAACCCGCCGGACUUUCUGUAAGAAGUGUGGCAAGCAUCAGCCCCACAAAGUAACACAGUACAAGAAGGGCAAGGAUUCUCUGUAUGCGCAGGGAAAGCGACGUUAUGACAGGAAGCAGAGUGGCUAUGGAGGACAGACUAAGCCGAUUUUCCGCAAAAAGGCUAAAACUACAAAGAAGAUUGUGCUGAGACUCGAAUGUGUUGAGCCCAACUGCAGAUCUAAGAGAAUGCUGGCUAUUAAGAGAUGCAAGCAUUUUGAACUGGGAGGAGAUAAGAAGAGAAAGGGCCAAGUGAUCCAGUUCUAAGUUUCAUAUUUUGUUUUAUUAUGUGACAAUAAAACCUUUGAAAAUA